UACCCAAAUUCUAAUCACCACUCGCUUUUAUUUAAUCAGAGUAUUGCUGAAAUAAGUAGCAGGACGCCUUCAACUUUUGCUUCUGUCAACAAGAGUUUCUGAAUUGUAAGCCAGGUUUGCACAUCAAAGCAGCGAAGCCAUAUUAAUAUCAAUGUCUAAGCAAAGGUUGGAAGGCAAGGUUGCAAUUGUGACCGGGGGAGCAAGUGGAAUAGGAGCAGAAGCAGCGAGAUUAUUUGUGGAAAACGGUGCACUUGUAGUUAUAGCAGAUGUUAACGAUGAAUUGGGGCUUCAAGUUGCAAGUUCCAUUGGCGUAGACAAGGUGAGUUACCAUCACUGCGACGUUAGAGACGAGAAACAAGUUGAAGAAACCGUUGCUUUCGCUAUCAAGAAAUAUGGAAGCCUAGAUAUCAUGUUCAGUAACGCUGGAAUUGCAGGCUCUUUCUAUAACAUACUUGAUUUGGAUUUGAAUGACUUUGAUAAUACAAUAGCUGUGAAUGUUCGUGGAGCAGCGGCGUGUAUUAAACACGCGGCACGUGUCAUGGUGGAACGAAAGACACGUGGCUCCAUAAUUUGCACUGCUAGUACAGCUUCUGUGGUUGCACUUUGUGGCGAUUCAGCUCCUUAUGGUUAUAACACAUCCAAACAUAGUCUUUUGGGUCUUGUGCGUUCGGCGUGUGGUGAGCUUGGAGCUUAUGGGAUUAGGGUCAAUUCGAUUUCACCUUCUUACGUGGCCACACCUUUGGCAUGUGAAGCUCUUGGUAUGGAAGCAAGCGAAGUUGAAAGUGCUGUUGUUGCCGGUGCCAAUUUGCAGGGGAUUGUGUUGAAGCCAAUUCAUGUUGCACAAACGGCUUUGUUUCUUGCUUCUGAUGAAUCUGCUUAUAUUAGUGGACACAAUUUGGUCGUUGACGGAGGUUUGUUAGCCGUUAAUAGCCCUGUUUCAAAAAAGUAAAUGAAAAUCUCGCAAUAUGCCAAUAUAUAUAUAUAUAUAUAUAGAGAGAGUGUUCGGUGAAAACAAAUUUUGUGAUUUGUAAUAAUCAAUUAGUCAUUAUUAAUAUUUUUAGUGGUAUAAAAUUAUAUUU